CUGCUGCGUCACUCAUUUUUGUUCUUCUUCUUCUCUACUUCUUACUUCUUCUUCAUCUCCGGCCUGCAUCCGAGCUGCAUCCUUAAUUCCCUCUCCUGCAUUCUCCCUCCCCUCCUUGCUCGUCUCCCCUCGCUAAUCUCGCCGCCCUCCUUUCCUUUCCCUUUCUCCGCCUCUCGUUCUCCUCCCCGUUGCUUUGCUGCCUUUUCCUUCGUGCCCAUCAAUAAACAAUUUUCGAUCUUCGCAUACCAACGCCCGUUCGUUGAUAUUCUCUUUCCAUUCAUCUCGCAUCUACGACGUUUACGAUCUACAAUAAUCUACAAUUCAUUGCAACUUUCUCUCCCUCCGGCCUCGGGCACCGCCUGAGCCAUGUUCCGCAGAAAGAGGAGCUCCUCUCAGCAUCAGCAUCCCCUCUCUGCCUCCUCCUCGCAAUCCGCCCAAUCCGCCGCAAGCCAUGCCUUCCUCAAAUCUCAACCCUCCUCCAGCAGCCUUCUCACGCCGACCCCGACCUCUGUCGAAAAUCGAAGGGCCUCGGUCUCUCUGCGUCCAACAAGUCGGAAUGGCCUUCGUCGCGCCAACAGUUCGGCUUCCAUGUCCACCCGUACAUUCCGCGACCAUUCCGGUCCAGUCGAGGUUGCGCCGCCACUUCCUUCCAUCCCUCAACGUUCGGCCAGUACACCGGCAGGACGAGGCAUGAGCGUUGAUCGCGGGUCGACCCCUCGGAAUUCCGUCAAUUUCUCCUAUCCGAUGCACUCUAGGCCAAAUUCCCCGGACGGGCGCGAUGCGUCCGCGAGCAUCUCACUGGCAGUCAAAAAUGCCAGUCCUCGAUCAGUCCGGGCGACGAAGAGCAUGGGCAUGUCUCCGGGCAGCCCUGGUCGUGUAGCCGCUGCGCAGGCUGCGGUGGUGCCCCGGGUACAAGAUGUCACUCACACCCAAGCCCCGACAAUCCCCGACCAGGCCCCUAGCCAGCCUGCUCCAGUCCGCCCGCAUCUAGUGAAACGACCUUCCACGGAACGUGCCGAGUCAAAUGUCCCCAAACAGCGGCCUGUUCCACCCCGAGGCGGCAGUGUGACGCCCGAUACCCAACCGACGGUCGCAUUUCCACCCACACCCGAUAGAAGCAAGGAUCAAUUACUUAGCCCGCCCAUAACCACUGAGACUGGCCAGGAUAGCCAGCCGUCAGACAUUCGCCAGUCAGGUAGUCCCGGCAGAUCUGCGCACUUUUCCCGUCACUUGCUGCUGCACCAACCUCCCCCUCGGUCCCUGUCACCUGCCAAGUCAGCCAUGAAGACUCCGCGUAAGAUCUCACUUUCUCCGGAGGGGCGGACUGAAUCCCUAUCUGAUGGGACCUCGGCAGCUUCCGACGAAUGGAAGCCAAUUAAGGUCAGUUUCGAUGACGAGGCGGAGGUGGUGGGGGAAACGUCUCCUGAGCCGCUGUCCGAGAAGCCCAAACCCAAGACUCAUUGGUUUGGCGGGAAGAAGAAACCAACGCCAUUGAAUACUGAGUUUGACGAAGUGCUGAAGCCGCGGCGAGCUCUCCCAUCUUUCGGCAGUAUACGGGCCGGUCGGGAUGGUGAGACGCAAGAGAAAUCUUCAACAACGUCGUCUGACUCGCCUGCGGAAGCACUGAAGUGGUCUUUCUCCAAUGACCACGCGCUUGGGGGCCUUCUGACCGAAAAUCAAUCGAAGGAAGCAGAGCCCCGCGUGGCGCCGCUCAUGCUUGCAAAUGCAGCCGAAAGCGAAUCCGAGGCGGAGAAAUCGCCACAGGAGAGUCAUUUUGCUAGUCAAACGAAUCAGCCAGAUAUUCCUACGGGGACGGUCGAUGAGCUACCCAAUAUUAUGGUCCAGCCGGCGUCUCCCAUUCUCGAGUGGUAUGAGGUUCCUGGGGGUUUCCCCCGCUCGUCAUUGGAGUUCGACUCCAAAUCCCAUGGUAAAAUGAAGGCGAGGGAGGAUUCCACGGACGCUACCAACAAUGCCACCAUAGGCCCUCCCGAUGACGAAAGCGGUGACGAUGAUGCUGAGGAAGGGACUGAGGGCAACGGCUUCGGGUCGAUCAAUGCCAUCGUGGAUGAUGAAACAGCUGCUACUUCUGCUUCCAAGAGCGCAGCCAAGAUACCUGCAGAGACUGGUGGCACCACAGAGAGGUCUCACUCACCGUCUACCGACUGGCCAGAUGUACCUCAAACAUGUCAAAUCGCACGCACGGUGACUACGUUCCCGGAUAAGGUUAUGGAGCCGAUCCCAGAAUCCCCCGGAUCUUCCCACGAGCCUCUUCCGUUUUCGUCACCUUAUCCCCCGUUUCCGAUCGAGCCGAAGAAUAGACGAAGCUCUUCUCAAGCCGACAUUUCACGUUCCUCUUCGGUCGCUGUUCGUCCAGCUAGGCAUUCCAUGCUGGUAGGAAGUAGCGACGCAAUGCCUAGUAACAAGGCACCGCGCGCUGUGAAUGGGUCAGCUGUAAAUGGGCAGUUGGCAUCCCAGCCCGAGCCACCUAGUGUGAGGCAGCGGCCUACUCCAGACAGUUCCCGGAGACGGCCGGUUUCAUGGAGCCCAGCUCUUGCCGACUCCCAAGACGUGAGCCGUACGCCGCACAUUAAUGGCAAGACUUCGCCGGCGUCACCACGACCGCUAUCCAGCGGUAGUGAUUCGUCCAGCAGCUUCAAGCGGGCUACUCGACCUGCGCGCGCAGACUCCAACUACACCAUGAGACGGACCAUGCGAAGUACUCCGGGCCGCUUGGCCUCUAACAGAGCAACGUCCCCGCCAUUGGAAACCCGCCCGGUGUCAUCCGAAUCUGGAUUUGGCACCAUGCGCACAACCUUACGGGCAAAUGCUCCCAAACGUGAGAAGCCCUCGUUCUUCUCCAACAACAAGGCUCAAAAGUCUAAACUCACAAAGGUGCCGGGCGGUGGGUUCGCCUCCCGGUUCCCUGACUCGGACUCUGACGAUGAGGGGUACGAGGCCUGGAGGUCACGGCAUCGGUACGAAGAUUCCAGUGAUGAUGAACAGCGGAGCCCGAAUGCCAUGCGACCCGUUCGGGGCAUUCCUCGUCGGCAGGGCACGCACGACGGCGAUUCGACUGAACUGGAAGACAGCUCAGAUGAGGACCAUCGUGCACCCCCGCUAGCCAAUCCGCAGUCCCCAGCGAAGCCGAGCACAUCUCGGGACCCUGCACUAGCCGCUGUAGCUAAAAAUCGCGGGAUGACGGAGGAGGAGCUCGACGAAUUCCUGCGCCAACCUAAUCGCGGUCGGAAGACUGGACUUCUCAAGCGUUUCAGCAUGCGAAAGUCGAAGUCCCCUCUGAAUAGAGGCCUAGUCAAGCCCGGGCUAGACAGUCCCGUACGCAACGGAGGGCCUGCAGAGCGGCCCCGAGUGGAUCAAGAGCAAGCACGAGGGGAAUCUCCCUUUCCUGGGGCUGAGUCGAAUAUUGUGACCACCAUCACGGCGACUAAUCCGCCCCCACCCCCGUCCAAGCUACUUCGCAGGCCUUCGCAGCGGUCCUCCCGCAGCGACAACUGGCCAUUGCGCUCCGAUCGGAAGGAGACUCGGACAGGCUCACCUCUUCCUGCGAAUGGCCCUGCAGAGCGACUAGCCACUGUUGAUGAAACUCCUCGGAACGGCAGUACGGUUAUUUCACCUUCUCAGGGAUCUGUCAAAGAGAACGUGAAUCCUUCGACUGGCAUGACUGCGGACAAGAGUGAGGGACGGCCGACCAACGUGGCGGACCGAAGCGAACCUUCUCUUCUCAUAUAUAUACAUACGAUCUAAUACCUGGUCUUGCUAUCUUCAUUCUGUCAUUUUCUUCUCUUCCAUGUCUGUGUUGGAAAUAUGUGUUGUAAUAGCUCGUUGAUUUGUUACGAUCUGACCUAAUUCAUAAUCAUGGCGACUGCCAGCCAUCGCAGAUGAUGUCUGGGGAUGGGCAGCGACACGGCGCAAUAGGAAGCAGGAAACAUCGGGGCAGAUGGGUUGAUAAGGCCUGACGAGAAUACAGACUACUCGGCGCUGAGAGAUGGGGCAUUGUUUGAACAUUUGGGAUUUCAUUUUGGACUUGAUUGAUACCCUCGUUUAGGUUGCGAAGAGGUGACAGGCCAUGGCCGAUAACUUACAUAAUCAAUAUUUAUAUGAGAUCUACAC